AAUGUUCUCCGUGCAGUCUCUGGUUGCGCUUCUGCCUUCACCUAAUGAUUGUUGUUCUUAAUGAGAAGACCGUUUGCCCUUCAUUCGAGCGGAAUCUCGCACUGACAUAGCUAGUUAAAGAAACCAGAGCAGACAGACCCCAGUCAUAACUAAUCGCGUUAGUGCCACUGUUUUACUAAACCACUCACAUUCCUGCCACCUAAAUUAUCUGCGUUUGGUUGACUGUAGGGCAGACAAGAAAAACACAGCUACCGAGAGCUACACACAAGACGAAAAUUAAGCGGUGUGAAACAUAGGCUUUGGCAUGGCCGAUCUGCUGAGGCUUCUGCUCCGGGUGGCUGAGAAAGCAGCCAAUGUGGCUCGGGUCUGCAGGCAGGAGGCUCCCCUCUUUCAGCUCCUGGUACAAGAGAAGACCGGAGACGACAAGAACAAGAAGUUUGUUCAGGAUUUCAAGACACUUGCGGACGUGGUCAUCCAGGAGAUGAUCCGGCAUGAUGUUGGUGCACAGUUCCCCGAGAUGGCUAGCUACAUUCACGGAGAGGAGUCCAACAAGUUUGAAAAUGGGCAUGGAGAGAGUGUGACUGUCACAGUGUGCGGCACAGAGAAGGAGACUGCGGCGCUGCUGGCCACGGUGCUGGACGGUGAUCACACAGCGGCGUCUCUUCUGGCUCGAGCCAUCCACCAAGACCCAGCAACCAUCGACGCCAACACAGACGGUCUGACGGUGCCCCUCAGCCUCUCUGAACUCGGCAUUUGGAUCGACCCCAUAGAUGCCACCAGCCAGUACAUAGAGGGCCGAGAGGAGGUGAUGGAGGAGGGCCAUUUGUCUCCUUCAGGUCUGCACUGUGCUUUGGUCCUAAUCGGGGUCUAUCUCCGGAGCACAGGCGAGCCCGUCAUGGGUGUCAUCAACCAGCCGUUCAACUACAAAGAUCCAGAAGGUGGAGGCUGGAGGGGAAAGCAUUUCUGGGGGGUGUCCUGUGGCAGCAUCAAUGCCUGCUCAGUGCCCCGGCCCAAAGAUGCACCUGGAGGGGGGCUGUCUGUGGUGCUGAGCUCCAGUGAGAAGCAGGUGGUAAAGGAAGCCCUGUCCUCGCUGUGCGGCCCUGACAAACUGAUGUACGCCUCCGGAGCCGGCUACAAGAUCCUGUGUGUCAUUCAGGGCCUGGCGGAUGUUUACGUCCUCUCAGAGGGCAGCACCUUUAAGUGGGACUCCUGCGCUCCUCAUGCCUUGCUCCGAGCCCUUGGAGGGGGAGUGGUUGACCUGACUAAGUGUCUACAGUCCAGCCCUGGAGCACAGGAUCAGCACACAGAACUGACCUAUCACCAGCCGUACCCUGGAGGUAGAGGAGCAGACCGCUGGGCUAACCAUGGCGGCCUGGUGGCUUAUCGAGACUGUUCUCAGCUUCGCAGCAUCAUCGCUCCUCUGAAAGGCAAGCUGUAGUUAACAGAGCAGUGGAUGAAGCAAUUAUUGUUGCAUAUGCUCAUAUUCAUGUUUUCUAUAUUAGUAGAGUGAGAAGAAUGGGGGUACAGGAUGAACUAUUUUAAAUAUAAAUGUCUUAUUUUUAAUCAUAUAUUUGCAAGUAUAUAUUAUGAGAUGAACAUCCGUUCUGGGCAAAAUCAUUUUUUCAAAAACUGGUCUUUGGUUUAGGAUCUUCACAAGGCUGUCAAGAUUCAGGUUAGAAAGAUUUGUUCAGAUAAUAUAAAGAAGCCUGUCUUGCUCUUGAAUUUAUUGUCAAUAUAUUGAGAGAGAGACUUGUGUCCUUUUGUCAUAAAAACGAACAAACAAAAUCAGAGGACAAUAGUUUAUGUUGCCAGUAUUGUUACCAGUUGAUGAAAAUUCAAACUAUUGAUGUGUCAGGGAGUGAAGGUCAAAGGGUGGAGUGACAGAAAUAGUUUAGGACCACUGAUCUACGUGCAUCGUACCAGAUGUGUGGGACAAAGUUUCAACAAUCACAAGAAUGUUUCUCACUUAGUUGUACUGUUGUAUGAGUGACUGUGGAGAUUCAAUAUUUCCUCCUCGCAGCUAAUCCAAAGUAUUUAAGCAAGUAAGCAUUAUUUGGGAAUUUUGUUGAGCUCAGACCUGAUAAGCACUUAUUGAACAUAGCUAAGCUGUAUAACCGUUUGUCUACAUGUUGCAUGAAGAACGGCCAUGAAGGAACAGUGCUCACUGCUAGACAGCUGAGGACUGAGCACUGCCAGAGAAAAGGUCAGCUGGCAUUACAAGACUGCUUCUCACUGAGUAGUAACAAACAAUUAAAAGUUAAAUAUUUCCACCCUACCUAACUUAUGAAGGGUUAUAAGUUAAAUGAGACUUGAACCAAGCCGUGUAAAGGAAUCUGCACCUCUUUGAAACAACUCCUUUAAAGGAGCAGAGGGAUGGACGAGUCUUGUCCUCUCUUCAUGGCCAUAACACCGUUUGUUAACAAGGUCAGAGAAUGGAAAAGCCAUUUAAGGUAAAACAGGGACACACGAGCCAUUUUCAGUGUGGGUAUACAGCCAUAUGAAAUAUUUAAGGAUGGGACCUAUGCUACUCUGAAGGACUGAAACAGAUUGUUAAGAUGUUUUUGAUGUCACAUGUACCCUUACUUUCAUUGUCACUGUGUAUGUUUUAAAAUGGUAGAACUUUGAUGUUCAUUGUUAAAUAGCUGAGAAAUCA